UUGCAUCCCAACCACUUUAUGAACUAAAUUAUCCCGGGAUCAAGAUGUCGGGUUCAAGUUCAGAAGAAGAAGAAGAAGAAGAAAAAACGAGGAAUUAUUGACUGCAUUUCCGUCACCUCAUCCAAACUCGCCUUUUCCUUGCUCCAAGUCUCAUCCUUUGCUUUCUACCCCUUCCCAACCUACUACCAACAAAACAGCACAAUGGAUCUCUCCCUCAACCUCGAAGACACGCACGUCGUAAUUACCGGAGGCUCAGGAUUUAUUGGUGCCUCAACCGUGACAGCACUCCUUUCAGCAGGUGCAAAAGUAACAAACCUCGACCUUCGUCCUAUGCAGCCCUCGCAUUGCGACACUCAACCCAAGUACCGAUUUCUCCCCUGCGACAUCUCUUCCGAAGCAGCGCUCACCACAUCCUUCUCCGUCGCGUCCGAGACGUUCGGCCCAGUAGCCUGCUGCAUCGCACUCGCAUCACUCGAUUUCUCAGUCCUGCCCCAUCAUGAGUCGCUCGCAGAUAUGGAAGUCGAGCAAUGGCGGCGUACACACAUGAUCAAUGUUGAAGGGACGUUCUUGACUGCAAGGACGUGGCUGAGGCAGUUGAGAGAACAUGCGAAGGUCGAUGUAGAGAGGGGCUUGAAGAAUGUUGGGUUGGUGAUCGUUGGGAGUGAGAGUGGGACGUUCGGGGAGCGGGGAAAUGCGGAUUAUGCAGCAGGAAAGAGCGCUGUGCAAGGUGGUCUGGUCAAGAGCUUGAUGGGAGACGUGAAUAGAGUUUGGCCGGGGGCUAGAGUUAAUGCUGUUGCUCCUGGCCCUGUUGAUACCCCACAGUUCAGGAAAGAGUGUGCGGAGAAUCCGAACCAGCUUUGGGUUGAUGCGCAGGCAACAACGGCAUUGAAAAAGCCAGUCCCUCCAGACAGUGUAGCAAAGAGCAUCCUGUUUCUAGCAAGCGAGAACUGGAGUGGCAAUAUCACUGGGCAAAUCUUGAACGUUGACUCAGGAAAGCAAGGCAAAGUGAUCUAUAUGAAGGAAGAAUGUUGAGCAAGAUACUCAAAGCAGCACAGAUGGAUUCAUAUAUCCAUAUGAAUUAUCGCGAGUAAUUUUAUUCUAAGUCUUGCAAUGAUUGGGCUCUUCAGCCAUGAAAUCCCGAGCAGUGCCAAUAUCAACUAUCUCAAUUACCUCAGGGUGUCAUAGUCCUUGGGACAAGUGCAGUAAGUGAGAGAAACUUACGAAGGUGAUAUAACUAUGUACUUAGCUGAUCAGUCCCAAUUGUAAAAUCUCAUUGUUCCCC